AUGGAUCCCUACGAAGCCAGACCGGACAAAAUUCCACCAACAGAUCGGUACAUCAAUGAACCUCACUAUGGUCGUUACUUUCCCCAGCCGGCCGACUUCAAGCCUGACCCAAGGCAUAUCAAUUCCACGACAGAUGAAUCGCUGAAGUAUUGGGCGUCGGUGCUGAGCCAAUGCGACGAGAAGACGAGGGUCUACGACAAUCAAUAUGGGGGCCGCGACGUCCUUGCCCUGGGCAGUGUGAUUGUCAAAUCGAGCCACUUGAAGGCGGCACUUGAAGGCAGACGAGCCCACCGGGAUUACUCCUACGCCGAUGCCAAUGAGGUCGAGGCUACCGCUCUGGCUAGAAGCGUGCUGGGUGAUGUCCAGGUGCCGCAUAUCUACUUCGCAGGCCAGAUCGAUGGCCGUCCUGUCCUGGUGCAAGAAAGAAUCCCAGGCGUCGGUCUAAACGUCGCAUGGCAAUACAUAUCCCCAUCCCAGAAAACCUCAUUCAAGAACCAAGCACGAGACCUAUUGCGACGCCUGCACACGAUAAAGCCCGCUUCUUCAACCCAGAACGCGGCGCGCUCCCACCUCGUUCCCGACCCGGACCCCGUUGACCACCGAGGCAUCCAAGAGCUGGAGAAAGAGAUCCUCAUCUCAGACCAGAACACGGACCCGGAUCUCGGUUUCAUGCACAACGAUUUCACCCAGUCGAACUGCAUUGUGCGCGACGAUCGGAUCGUGGGGCUUGUGGAUUGGGAGAUGGCGGGCUUCUUUGGGUGGAAGACGGCCGCUGAGGUGCAUGUGCGUAUUCGAUCGCCGAAGCGGGAGAAUUAUGCCGCGCUGGAUUUGCCGGAGGAAUUCCUGAGCGAUAUUCUUUUCUGGAAUGACCUGUACGAGGUAGAUUGCUGA